UAAUGUGAUUUGUUGAACAACACUCGCGGGGAGUUUUCUUGCCCCAGCAGAAGGAAAUGUUAUUACACACGAACCUUUCAGCAGCCAGGCAGAAGGACAUGCUUGUGGAUUAGAUGCCAGGAGUUUGGCUGCCAGAGAAAGACGUUAUUGUUGUGACUUUCUCCUCCGCCCCUCGCUCCCACCCACCCCUCUCCGAGAGAAUCUCUGAGGAACGGAACCGGAGAAAACACACACGGCUUGGAGGAGGGUCAUUUGCAUCCGAACCGGACUGCAGUGAGGAGGGAGAGGAAGAGGGGGAGGAAGAGUCCUGGAAGUUAAAACACACACAGGCAGGAGGAAGGUCAGGUGGAAACAGGCAACUGUCUAGACCAUGAAGGGGCUUGCCAGACUGAUUUUCCCGCUCAUUCUUGUGCUGAUUUGUGAGGUGAAUGGACAGAGGCGCAAGCCUGGAAGAAAGCGUGCUACUCCUCCACCCUCUGAACCAGUUGAACCUACAGAAUUGCCUCCGCCUCUGCCACCUGGACCUCCCUCAGUUUUCCCAGACUGCCCUAGAGAAUGUUUCUGCCCUCCAGAUUUCCCUUCAGCCAUUUACUGUGAUAGCCGCAACCUGAGAAAAGUGCCCAUCUUCCCACCCAGGGCCCAUUAUAUCUACCUGCAGAAUAACUUCAUUGAUGAGCUUCCUGAGGAGUCCUUCAAGAAUGCCACAGAGCUGAGAUGGAUUAAUCUGGAUAACAACCGCAUCGCGAAGGUGAACAAGAAGGUGCUGGAUAAGUUGGAAAGCCUUAUGUUCCUGUACAUGGAGAAGAAUCAUCUUAGGGAAGUACCCAACAAUUUGCCUCCCAAUCUGGAACAACUUCGGCUGAGCAGGAACCGGAUCUCUAAGAUCCCUGCUGGUGUAUUCAACAACUUGAAUCACCUCAUCCUCUUAGACCUUCAUCACAAUGAGCUGAAUGAUGGAAACUUCAACAAAAAUACUUUCAAGGGGCUCAAGAACCUCAUGCAGCUCAACUUAGCUCACAACAGGCUACACAAGAUGCCACCUUCGGUUCCCAAUGCAAUCCACCAGCUCUUCCUAGACGAGAAUCAAAUCGAAGACAUCCCCAACAACUACUUCAAAGAUUUCCCCAACUUGGCUUUCAUUAGGCUUAACUACAAUAAGCUCUCCGACAAAGGACUGCCCAAGAAUUCCUUCAAUCUCACUAACUUGCUGGUGUUGCACUUGGCAUACAACAACCUCACCAACAUCCCCUACAUCAACUCCAGGCUGGAGCACCUCUACUUGAAUAACAAUUCCAUUGAAAAAAUCAACGGGACCCAGAUUUGCCCCAAUUCUAUGGUCGCUUUCCAUGAUCCGUCCUCAGAUUUCGAAAACAUGCCCCGUCUUCGCUAUCUGCGCCUGGAUGGCAACCACCUGAAGCCACCGAUCCCCUUGGACCUGAUGAUGUGCUUCCGACUCUUGCAAUCUGUCGUGUUCUAAGCCACGCAGCAAUCGCCACUCCUCUGGGACUUUGGCUUUGCACAGUGACUUGAUUUCAGUCUAUGUUAGACAUGGGGAAUAUAUGUUAUUACCAUCCCUACCCUGACUUUGCUGCCCCAGUGCCUUCUCUUUACUGCUCCAUUCUGCUGCUGCUGCCGCAACCUCCUUCUGUUGCAGGAAACUCUGCAGAUCUUGUUUUACACAGCAUCUUACGGAGUCUCCUAGGAGAGUUCCACAGAUUCCUCUUUGAUAUGUGUAUUAUCCACAGAAGAGCUAGAAGUUACAGUAAUACUGGCUUCUUAAAUACCAACCCCUUAAUUUGUCUCAAAAUUAGAGAAGGGAACACACCCAGAUGCAGCAUUUGUGCUGUCUGUACUCUUGCUGUCUAACACUUCGGAUUGAGUCAUUUGCACCCACCCACCCCUAGCCAACAACAUCAAGCUCAUAAAAGAAAUUGGAUUUGUUAUUAUUAUCAAGACCAAAAAGAAGAAGAGGAGGAAGCAAUUUCAUUUAAAUAGGUAAAAUUUCAAAGUGCCAUUUGUCUAAUAAGGAUGCUGGAUCAAAGGAAAGGAAUAUUCAAAUUUAUUUAUAGAUGACAGGCACUCAUAAAUGCCAUGGUAAUAGGAACACCAUACUGUGGCAUGUGCUAAUCAAUAGAUAAAAGUGCAUAGCAGAUUGUAUUCUGUGGAGCCAUGUGAAGUGCACUGUGGGUACAAUGAAGAGUGACAGAGAACAGAUAUCCCCCCUGUUUAUGCUCUUAUGGGAUGAUACGGGUGAUGGUAGCAACGUACUGCCAGUAUGUACCUGAGUUGCCAAACAUAAUGUAAUGGUACUUUAACAGCACCAUUUAAAAAUGAGAAUAAUUGCUUGAUUAAUUACUCAUUCUCUUCCCCACAGUAUAAUUCCACUUCAGUUCGCUACUGUGACACAAGUGCAGUGCUAGAGAGAAAUUGCCAAAGGAUAGAACGGUGUACCUGGAAAGGACAAUCCCAUUGCCAUGAUGAUUAGAAGGAUAUGGCCAUACCUUCUGGGCCGUGUGUAUAUGUUUGUAUGUGGGAGUCCUUUUGCAUAAGAGGCUGCUUAUCCGAAUGCUCUGUUGCCUCACUAACUUUCACACAAUUUCCCUUUGCAAUGUCUAUACAGGACAGAUGUCACAAAGGGAAUUGUGCCUCCCCAUCCUUCAGGCAAUGUCCCCUUGAAGUUCGCAAGCAUAAUGCUGCUUUCCCUUUCAGUAAAAUUACUCAAAGAGGAGGAGCAACAGCAUGCCAAAAUACAGUUGAGAGAAGCCAUGGGAAACUGAGCUGGCAGGGACUAGUCUCUUGGACUAGGAACAAUAAACAUAUAUUGUUAUGUUAGAAACAACUAACAGAUAUCAAUAGAGUCCCAUAUAGAUGCGUAGAUAACCCCCCAUAGUGUGUGUGGGGGGGGUGCAGCUGGGUACCAGUGGUGAACUUUAGGCUCUCAAAUUCCAGCGGCACCCUGUGAGAUGCUAAAAUUUGGUGCCCCCACCUCUUGCACUUUGUUAUACAGUGUUAUUGUGGUGCCCUCUACAGUGCAGUGCCCAGUGGGGCCAAACCAGUCAUACUAUCCUAAAAUAGCUAAUGCCUUGCUUGUGGGUAGGGACAGACAGACCCAUUAAAGCCCAGUCUGUCCUAGUUCCAGAGGGGACAAAGUCCACCCCAUUCCAUUUCUGGGUAGAUUUUUAAUUGGAAACCUGUAAGAAAAAAUCAACCUGAAAACACACACUUAAAAAAAGAGAAGUACUCGUGACAUGAUUUGAGGGUUGUGUGCUGCCUCCAUUACUCUCCCCAGGUCUCCUUAAAAACUUCUAAAAACAGGGUAUCAAGUUGUCACAGCCUGAAUGGCUUGCAUGCUGGGCAUCUUGCCACUACGUGUCAUGAAUGCACAUAGAUCAAGCCCCCCUGGGAGUGACAGGACAAUACCAUCUCAUUAUUUUCGGGAGGAAUUCUGUGGAAAAAGCAUGGCCUCCCCCAGUCCUUUUUUUCUGCUGUGCUGCAGUCUCUUUAUCUUAGCUUGUCAUCUGAACUGGGACUCAUGGCUAAGCGCUCUCCUCACUAACCACAAGCUGUAGCCAAAGCCUGUUACCCACCCUACUUUCUGGAGUAAGAACUGAGACUGAGAAACAGGGGCAACACAAGGGUUUAAAUUUAAGCUGCCCAUAUGCAAUAUUCCACUCACCAGGCGCUACCAAUAAGGUGAAAAGUUAGGUGCCGGCCUCUUUAUACUCAUGCAGCCUAGGGCAGCUUCUGGCUUAAUAGCCUCCUGAGUUCAAAGAUAGGCUUUUAAAUGUGAUUUUGCAAGCACUUCCCAUAUGACA